AUGUUUCCUGAUGUAGAGGCUAAUUUCUUACCAGAAGGCAUGUUUGAUCAUAGCCCUAUGAUUCUCAAGGGAUAUAGAAGAACCAAUUCCAAGAAACCCUUCAGCAAUGUAGAAGCUGAAGAUGUGAAAACUUAUGCAGUCAUAUUACAAAAACAAGCUAUUCUUCACCAACUCCCUGGUGAUUCCAUAGCUGCAACUAAAGAGGAACAAGCUGCAGAAGAGUAUAGGAUUGCACAUCAAGUGUACCUCUCUUUUUUGCAGCAGACUGCUAAACUUCAAUGGCUGGAAAAGGGAGAUGAAAACACCAAAUUGUUUCAUCAAAGUAUCAAGCACAAGAGACAACAGAACUCAAUUCAUUCAAUCCAUGAUACGAAUGGGAACUGGACAGAUACCCCUGAUGGAGUUAAAAGGGCUUUUACCCAAUUCUAUUCAGCUUUGUUUUGCAACAAGAUGCAUCAGAGAACUCAUGUGAACUCUUUGAUUAUGGAUAGGGGGCCAAGGCUAACUGAUGCUCAUAGAAGCAUGUUGGUGUGUAAUUUCACCCUAGAAGAGAUCAAAAGUGCUUUAUGGUCAAUUCCUGAUCACAAAGCACCUGGUAUGGAUGGCUACAACAGCCAUUUCUUCAAAUCUGCUUGGCACAUCAUUAAGAAUGAUCUGCAUAAUGCUAUCAAUGAUUUCUCCACUACUUGCAAAAUCCUCAAGGAAAUCAAUGUAACUUCUAUCACUUUGAUCCCAAAGAUUUCUGUUCCUGCUUCAGUGAGUGAUUUUAGACCCAUUGCUUGUUGCAAUGUUAUUUAUAAGUGCAUCACUAAACUCAUCUGCAGCAGGCUUAGCAAGGUCCUCCCUGCAAUUGUCUCUCCUAAUCAAGGAGCCUUUGUUACUGGAAGAUCCAUUCUCCACAAUGUCCUCAUUUGCCAAGAUUUGAUCAAAAUGUACAAUCACUCUCAAACAAGUCCCUGCUGCUUGAUGAAAGUAGACAUCAGAAAAGCUUAUGACACAGUUGAAUGGGGCUUUAUUGAAGAAGUUAUGUUGGAGUUAGGGUUUCCCCCCUUUUUUGUUCAGCUCAUCAUGACUUGUUUGUCAACCACAAGGUCCAUGAAAGCAGUGGGUAAAUGUCCUCAGUUCAGAUUUCACACUAGAUGCAGAACACUUCAGUUAAAUCAUCUGUGCUUUGCUGAUGAUUUACUAAUGUUCUGUAAGGGUGAGCUUCACUCAGUUGCCUUGCUGCUUGAGGGGUUCAAAGUAUUCUCAGAUACCACUGGUCUGCAGGCAAACCCUAGUAAAUCCUCAGUUUAUUGUUGUGGAAUUGAGGAGCACACCAAGCUGAACAUUGGCACAAUCAGUGGAUUCACUUUUGGUACUCUUCCUUUUAGGUACCUUGGUGUUCCAAUUAGCACCAGGAAUCUCCAAGCUGGUGAAUGUGAUCUAGUGGUGGACAAAAUGGUGUCCAGAAUAAAAAUCUGGAGCUCUAGACAUUUAUCCUUUGCAGGAAGAACCCAGUUAGUCAAUUCAGUUCUAAUGAGCAUCAGUGUAUACUGGGGGAAAAUUUUUCUCCUCCCUAAGUCAGUAAUUAAAAAGAUCAAUGCAGUCUGCAGAGCUUAUCUGUGGUUUGGCACUUAUGAUGAUAGCAGGCCUGGUCCCGUCUCUUGGAACAAUCUAUAUGGUUCAAAGACUCAAGGUGGGCUAGGUUUCAGGAAUCUGGCUUGGUGGAACCAAGCUGCAGUUGGAAAGCUGCAAAAAGAUUGGCUGGUGUAUAGACCCUCUGUGGCUGCAAGUUGGGCUAUAAAGUACAUUUGCAAAGUAAAGCAAGACUGCUCAAAUAGACUUCAUUCCACUAGGUGGUUAACUGAUCAGAAGUAUUCUAUUGGGGUCAUUUAUCAACAACUGUGUGAUAUGGCUCCAAAGGUCAAUUGGCAUUCUUAUGUGUGGAAUAGAUUUACCCUCCCUAAGCACAUAAUAACUCUAUGGCUAGCCCUUCAAGACAGACUCAAGACCAGGGAUAGACUUCAUACCUAUGGUGUCAUCAAUGAUGAUCAAUGUGCUCUAUGUGGCUUAAGUACAGAAACUUGUACACAUUUGUUUUUCUCCUGUCACUACAGUAAAGAGUGUUGUUCUUUGGUUUUGCAAUGGUUGGGGUUUCACAACUCUAGAUCUCAUCUGUCUGUUUUGCUGAAAUGGCUCCACAAGUACUGUAAGAAUCCAUUCAAAAGGAGAGUUGCUUAUGCUGCAGUGGCCAGCAUUGUGUAUCAGAUAUGGAGAGCAAGAAAUCUGGCUAUUUGGGAACAAACAAUUCCUUCUAUUGCCAACACUGUGAAAUGCAUUCAGUAUACUGUUAAGCACAGGAUCUUAAGUAUCCUUAGUUAG